CGCUGCGACGGCCGACCGCGCUGCAGACACACUACCGUUAUCUCCACAAUUCCUCAAUAACGAUCUAGUCAAUGGAAUAAAAUGAAGUGCGUAAUACUCCUCGCCAUAUUGUACAGUGUCAGUGCGGUUCACGUAGUUCAGUUAUCGUUCAAACAUGAGUUGAAGACGGAUUUGAAACCGUUUAGGUUCCAUUUCAAAUAUCCGCCGAAGAAUCCGCCGAAGGUUCCGAUCGAAGUGGAGAUCCGCAGAAGAGGGUCGAACCACACGAAAUCUGGGCCAAAAGGAGAGAAAAAGAAAGAUGAUAACGCGACGGCGGCUGCCUUGCAACCUACAUGGAAGAAACAGGCCUGCGAAAAGCUGAACCUGACGGAGGCGGUCAAGAAUGAGGACAAUCAUUUUGUCUGCGACGACAACGGCGAGCUGAAGUGCCUAGCAGGCUGGCAGGGGGAUCUCUGCGACGUGCCCAUCUGCAAGAAAGGCUGUGAUCCUUUACAAGGUUACUGCAAGAACCCGGGCGAAUGCCGUUGUAAGAUGGGUUUCUACGGCGACCGGUGCAACAAAUGCAUCACACUGCCUGGAUGUCAGCACGGGUAUUGCAAUCAGUCCUUCGAAUGCAUCUGCCACAAAGGCUGGGACGGGCUCUUCUGCUCCGAACCCAUAUGUCGCGCAGACUGCCACGCCACCCGUGGCUACUGUGAUUCUCCAGACGAGUGCCGCUGCAGAAUCGGUUGGUCCGGCCCCACCUGCCGCUCCUGCCAACCUCUGCCCGGGUGUCAGCAUGGAUACUGCGAGAAACCCCUGGAGUGCAAGUGUCAUCCGGGAUUCACAGGCCUAUUGUGUCAGACCCCAAUCUGUGCGUCCGGCUGUGACGCGGAGCACGGUUACUGCCGGCGACCUGGCGAAUGCCGCUGCCGCGUGGGCUGGCGCGGCCUGGAGUGCUCCGAGUGCCACCCCUACCCCGGCUGUGUGCACGGCUCCUGCAGCCGGCCCUGGGAGUGCAACUGCAAGCCCGGCUGGGGCGGCAUGCUCUGUGACGAAGCUCUAGACUAUUGUGAGAAAAACGACAACGUUUGCAAGAACGGUGGUACCUGCCAGUCUUUAGAAAUCGGAGACGGAAACUUUAGGUGUCAUUGUCCACAUGGAGUCACCGGCAAGCAUUGCGAGAAACUAUCCGCUAAUAUGACCACCGCGGCUCCAGUUCAUAGCAAUACCACAGAAAAUGUCGAUGAGAAGGCCACAGAAUCUGAUGAUGUCACUUCUGUUGAGAACAAUGAAACCAGUGAAGAAGAAAACAACGGAAGGAAAGCCACAACGGAACAUUCUGAACCUCUAAGGUCUAUGGCAGACACGAUCUCCAACCAGAUAGAGAAAUUGAGACACAAUUUUUACAACUUGAUUGGUAUAUAAACAGAAUUCCUUUUAGAAUAAUUUGCGACUGAAAUUAUGACUUCUACUUACCUAAAAUUACAAACUUUGAAAAUUUUCUAUUGUUUUUGAAAAGCCAGUGAGCUAAUUAAACUUAAUUCUAAAUCAAGACUGUUACAUACAUACAUACAUUCAAAAUGCGUGACUAAUGGUGUUGCCUUUUCAUGCUAUCUCUUCAUUAUAGGGUGGGUUUAUUUCCUAGAAAUUAUUUCCGUUAUUUUAAUUAUACCUAUCGUAUACCUAGUUAUGUACUCCGUGUAUACAAAGUUUUCUUUGUACAUAUUUGUGUCUAUUUUGAUUAAAAAAGCACAAGCUUAGUCUACCUAUUUAUUUUGAUCGUGUGAGUUUAUUUUUAAUUUAUUGUGGUGUUUGUAAAUGUUAUUUUAAAAAGUUAUGUUUGUAAGUUAUCUCUACGAAUGAAAAAUGUAUCAUCAUUUUGAUGUUGAAAGUGCGUAUGGUUUUAGAUAAAUUAAUUUAUUCUAGUUUUAUUUUUUUUAUUGCAUUAAAUUAUUCCAACUUUA